AUGUCGUUAGCCAUGUUUCGAAUAUCAAGGACUCUAGGACGUUUUGAUGCAUCGAUUAGUGGUCGGCUUACUGGGGCUUGCGGAAUAUUUCUUUCUGAUUAUACCCAGUAUCGAGGACGUAAGCGUGCCUUGAAGAAGCCGUUGAGUCGACAAGAGAAACUCGCCAGGAGGAUUAAAAGGGAAGAAAAAGAAGCAGCCCGGAAGCAAUUCUCGUUUAUGGAAAGGAUCAAAAUCCGUAGAAUGAGGAAAAUGUAAGUGUUCGAACAAUUGCGGAAGAACUCUUUUAUCUUUCCUUCAUUUAGGCAAUCUCCGUCUGAGAUGGGCCCAGGAAGAUAUGAUGAAAGUAAUGAACAAGAGUUGCCACAACGUCCUGUAGCCAACGUUUACAUCAAAACUGACGUGAAGCAACAGUUUUACAGUAUUUCUGAAGCUUUGAUGCUGCACAGAAUGCAACAGCGACCAGAGAUUUACAAUAACCUUAAUGCCCCUGUAAAGUUGAGGAUUGAACUGGACAUGACUACCGAAAAAGCGGUAAGUCGUCUUCCCUUGAGUGGAUAUUUUUUUAGAGUAGAAUGAUACCCGCCAGCGAUGAGAUUAUACCAGUCCCAUAUCCAUUUGAUCAUAACGAGAAGAGGUCUAUCUUGGCUUUUGCGGCUGACAUUGCUACUCAAGAUGAAGCAAUUGAAGCUGGCGCUGAAGUUGCUGUUGGAUUGGACAUGGUGAAGAAAAUCGUCAAAGGUCAAUUCAGGAUUGAUGACUAUGACUUCUGUGUUGCUCAUAAUAAUAUGGCCGGUCCAGUUUUGGCUCCAUUAAGAGGCCUUUUAAAGUCACGAUAUCCAAGCAAAGUAAACGGUAUGUUUUACUCCCAUUCACUUGUCAGACUGCAAAUUUUUGCUUUGCAGGUGCAAUGGGCGAAGAUCUUAAGGAGUUGGUCGAAAAGUUUAAGAAAGGUGUCAAGUUGGCCAUCUACCCGGACGGAGUCUAUCCAAUGUGGGGACUUGCUGAACCUGUGGUUGGAAGGGUAUGACUCCUUCAGGGGACCAUAUAUGUUAUUACAGCUUGACAUGCCUGAUGAACAUAUCCAAGAGAACAUUAGGUGUGUUGUAGAGGCCUUAUGCAAGCACAGGAACCCGGCAUUGGGCCCGUUUGUUAACAGAUGUAUGAUGACGUUGAUUCCAUCGAAGAUGUUUAUUCCCGUCGAUGUUAGUAGAUACAUGCCGGUGGCGUCAGAAGAGCAAAUCGAGAAACUUCAGAAUCGUAAAAAGAAAAAGGCCAAGAAGGUUGAGGAGGUAAAGACAGAGAAAGAUCCGGAUGAGUACCUGGUUUCCCUCAUGUAG